GUUUACCAUGAACUUCCAGCGACUGCUCGAGUCGGCGCGGCAAGACGUCAACCGCGAAGCGAAGGAGGUGAAGCGAUCAUCGAAGUCGCAGAAUGUGAUCACCAAAGUGCUGGACUACUUGCUCGAUAUGGACGAAGACGGGUUCGACGAGUUGUGGGAAUUUGAACGGCGUGUGAUCCCCUACUUCCAGGGCGACACGACCGAGUUUCGACUCGAAUGCACAGCCGCACAUGCCGAGUUUCAAGACUUAGUGGAGCGUCGCCUCGAGCGGUUCUUGUGGACGCAUGGGUGGAGCGCGGACGACUUCCAUCGGCGGAUGCGGGACGAGCUUGCGGGCAUCGAUUCCAUCGAGAAGGAGCAUGAGCAUGCAGAAGAUCUCGUGCGGAUGAUCUACGACGCGUUCGACUUUGAUUCGUGGGCACAGAGCAUGCGGUACAGCGCGAACCAUCGCCACGCCGCGUUUGGGGCCGACACGAAAUAAGAGCACUAUAGUACUACUAUAGGAACGGGAUCACUUUCUCGA